UAAAUAUACUUUCCUCUGGCAUUCAUACUCCCUCCCUCCUCUCUCUCUGGUUCUCCUCCUCACUAUCUCAGUCACCUGUUACCAGUCACCACCUCCUGUAAUGGCGGAGGCUCUCAGCCUUUCCCUCUGAGGCUCAAUACCCAUCAUUGACUUCACCUUCCUUAUUAUAAUAGCUUAUUUUUCUGAGCCUUCUCUUCGAUCCGUUAGCCAGUUCCACCGUGUUCCUGACUGGUCUUCUGCCAUGCCCAUAUUUUAUUUUUCUUGUCAGUUAAAUCCCUCUUCUUGUCGGGGAUGUUAUGAAAGAUGAGACCACAGCUUCCAAGUGCAUCAAUGGUGGUUUUGAUUUGAAUAGAACUGUGUUUCUUUGUUGAGAAUCUUCCCCAAGAAUCUUGAAAAAUAUGAUGGGAACUCUGUCAUGUUUUGGUGGGUGAUGAAGAAAGAAGUUCUGGGGCUUGCCUGAGUGAACUGUCAGUGUAAAUUAGUGGGGAGUGGAAAAGAUUCAAUUUUCACUGAAGCUCAAAGAAUCUAACUCGAAAAUGGCCAAGGAGUAUAGCGGAUCCCCAAAGCCUCACCACAUUGAAUCGAAACGCAAACGCCUCACUUACAUCGUCGGUGUGAGCGGCCUCUGCAUACUUUUCUAUGUCUUGGGAGCUUGGCAGACCACUCCUCCAGGCCCCGUCAACCCGUCUGGCGAGUCCGGCAACAAACUUGCAUGUAACAUUGAGAACUCUGGCUCUGUGGACGGGCAGGCGUCCUCGGGAUCAUCAGCCGCUUUAGACUUUGAGAGCCACCAUCAGGUGGCAAUGAAUGACUCGGGCCCUGCUGCUGAGAAUAUCCCACCUUGCGAUAUGGCCUACAGCGAGUACACCCCUUGUCAAGACCCAGUCCGGGGCAGGAAGUUCGAUCGGAACAUGUUGAAGUACCGAGAGAGGCACUGCCCUACAAAAAACGAGCUUCUUAGGUGCCUCAUCCCAGCCCCACCUAAGUACAAGACCCCAUUCAAGUGGCCUCAGAGCAGGGACUACGCCUGGUACGACAAUAUUCCCCACCGGGAGCUCAGCAUUGAGAAAGCCGUCCAGAACUGGGUCCAGGUCGAGGGUGACCGGUUCAGAUUUCCUGGUGGAGGGACUAUGUUCCCUCGUGGGGCUGAUGCGUAUAUCGAUGACAUUAACGAGUUGAUCCCUCUCACAAGCGGAAAGAUCAGAACUGCAAUUGAUACGGGCUGUGGUGUUGCGAGCUGGGGAGCCUACCUGCUAAAGAGGGAUGUCAUUACUAUGUCCUUUGCCCCGAGGGACACCCAUGAAGCACAGGUACAGUUUGCUCUUGAGCGGGGAGUUCCUGCUAUGAUUGGGAUCAUGGCUUCAAAGAGGCUUCCUUAUCCGGCACGAGCAUUCGAUAUGGCCCACUGCUCUCGUUGCUUGAUUCCUUGGAAUAAGUUCGAUGGGCUGUACCUCAUUGAAGUGGACAGGGUUCUGAGACCUGGUGGCUACUGGGUAUUCUCAGGCCCACCAAUCCACUGGAAGAAGUACUGGAGAGGUUGGGAGAGGACACGAGAAGACUUGAAGGCAGAGCAGGAUGCUAUAGAGGAUGUGGCCAAGCGGCUUUGCUGGACUAAGGUCAUCGAGAAGGGUGAUCUCGCAAUAUGGCAGAAGCCUCUCAACCACAUUGAAUGCGUCAAAAGCCGCAGCGUUUACAAAACCCCGCACAUUUGCAAGGGGGACAACCCUGAUGCUGCUUGGUAUAAAGACAUGGAACCUUGCAUAACUCCACUACCCGAGGUGAGCAGCUCGGAUGACGUUGCAGGCGGGGCUCUGCAGAAGUGGCCUGAACGGGCAUUUGCAGUCCCACCAAGGAUAAGCAGUGGAGCUAUUCCGGGAGUCACGCCUGAGAAGUUCCAGGAGGACAAUGAGCUCUGGAAGGACAGGGUGUCACACUACAAGCGGAUCAUAAGCCCGCUGCCCCAGGGAAGGUAUCGCAACAUGAUGGACAUGAAUGCCAACCUGGGAGGAUUUGCGGCUGCCCUGGUGAAGUAUCCUGUGUGGGUCAUGAAUGUGGUGCCAGCUAACACAGAUAGAGACACCCUGGGGGUGAUCUACGAACGUGGGUUCAUCGGGACCUACCACAACUGGUGUGAGGCCUUCUCAACUUACCCGAGGACUUACGAUCUCAUCCAUGCUGGGGGUAUUUUCAGCAUAUACCAGGACAGGUGCGACAUUACCUACAUACUGCUGGAGAUGGACCGGAUCCUGAGGCCUGAAGGGACAGUGAUAUUCAGGGACACGGUGGAAGUGCUAGUGAAGAUCAAGAGCAUAACGGAUGGAAUGAGGUGGAAGAGCCAGAUCAUGGACCACGAGAGCGGACCCUUCAACCCGGAGAAACUCCUUGUGGCCGUGAAAUCGUACUGGACUGGUGAACCGAAACAGAAGCAGCUUUAGUACCCGACAGAACCAGGACUUAUCUUUGUAAUUUGUAGCAUAUAAAAUGUCUUGUUUUGUUUCAUCUUUCUUGGGCUUGAGGGAGGAAAGGAAUGGUGGUGCUCUGCUUUUUCUUUCCCUUCUUGAUCUGCAAAAGUUUUGUUCGAACUGUACUGUUCAUCAGGAACGCUUUUCCUUAUGUGUGAAAACAGAUAGAUUUGUAUUCUGUCGGAACACAUUAUCUGGAUGAAUUUCAGGCCUUUCGGGAGAAUGUGUUAGGCUCUGCUCGAUUUUACUGA